AUGCUCCCAACGACACAAGAAACUCCAGUGCCAUCUCUCGAACCUUCUUCUCCUAUGAUUACAAAUAAGAUAAAAAGAAAAUUGGAUUUUUCUUUACCUUCGCCGCCGACAAUUUCCCCACGUGAAUUGGUCGCAAAACUUAUUGAACGUGGCGAUAAGAAUAUUAGAAUGCCUAAUGAGUUUUUCAUUUACCGUGCUGCAAUAGUAAAAGAAUUAAAAGUACGUGGUGAGAGGAUUAAAAUGACAGAAGUAUCAGCAAUGGCUUCUGAUGCAUGGAAACUAGCAAAUAGAAAAGAAAAGAAUCAAUAUCGAAAACUUGCACAAAAAAUUAAUAAUCCAUCAAAGAAGAACCAAAACAUGCAACUUGCCGUUUCUCCAUCAGUUCCUUCAUCAUGUACUCAGCAUCAGAAUCAGAUACCAACUACUUCUGUAAAUGAACUCAUGAGUAUUCAAACUCCGAAUUUUGUUCCUUCUUUCCCCCUUCUAUCGUAUAAUUCUUUACCUGAACAUUAUGAAUCACAAUUCCCUUCGUGUUUCAGUCAAUUUUUAUCCUCUGAUUUCGAGCUUAAUUUUCAAGAAAACAGCUCUUUGACAGAUUCAAACACGCCAAAUGAGCCAUUAGCUGAAAUACAAAGAAGAUGGAACGAACCAAUUGUUCAAUAUUCUAAUUUUAUAACAACUUUACCUACGCGAUCUCAAGACACAGUGGAUGUAUACACACAUACGUUUGCCGAAUUUAAUCAAAAUCAACUGCAACUACAACCAUCUUUUGAAUUUGAUACGACAGCUAAUGAAGCUUUGGAUCCUAAUGUUAAUUCCAAUGAUUCUUUUGUUAAUUUCGAAAA